AUGACAGAUAAAAGAACUGCCAAGCGUCAUGCCCAGAAUGACAAUGACAGAAAAAUAGAUAAAAUCAUUAAUGUUUUGACAGCCAAAGUAAACACUAGUGAAACUGAUAUGGACGUAGAUCAAAUUGAAGAAUAUGUUGAAGAUGACAAUCACUCUGUUGGUGCACCCUCACCAGAGCAGUAUGUCCAUAUCUACUUACCUCUUUUGGUGGAAGAAUCUCUUUUUGGAACAGAGGAGUAUACUUCAGAGUAUGAGUCUGAAUAUGAAUCGUCAGAUGAAAUUGAGCCAGAAGAGCAAGACAGAGAGGAAGAACAGGAGUCUACAGCAAACCUCCCAGAAAAUCCUUGGCAUGAAGUAAUUGCUAUUUUCACUGUGAUGUUUAUUUCGACUUUCAUUAUGGAUGACAGUGCUGUAAUCUUGAUCACAUUCAUCAAUACAAUACUUGAACAUUAUGGAGAGGAUUUCAGACUUCCUAUAAGUAUUCUUGGUCUGAAGAAAAUGACAGGGUACAAUGACUUAAUGAAUAGGGUGUCUAAUUACGUAAAGAGUCGGCAGCAAGACCUUUUGUGGAAACAAGCUUUACAAACACAGUAUAAGAAAUGCAAUGAUUCCCAAACGUACUGUGGUAUUUCAGAGUGUAUUUACUGCUUAACUAGUGUCGGUGUUACAAUUAUGACAUCAAAUCAUAAAUCAGCUUUAGGACUUCCUACUAAAUUAGCUCCAUAUCGAUCUGACACAGUUUACCCGGCAAUGAUAGCUACUACGCUAUCCCAAUAUGAAUAUGUUCUUAUAUGUGAUAAAUCCAACAUCCGAGUGUCUGGAUCACCACACCUCCACCAACUCAUGUAUUUUGAACCAGUGCAUGCAACAGUAAUCGAUCCCAUGCACAAUCUUUUCCUUGGGAUGGCAAAGUGCAUGAUGGACAAUUGGAUCGCAUGUGACUUGCUUGACAGUAAUGACUUUGCAGAGAUGCAGAAGGAAGCUGAUUCAAUGACACUCCCAAUGGGAGCACUCACAAAGCCAGCCAUUACUGAAGAAGAGAUUGAUAAAGCUCAUGUCAGUUUAGAAAAAUUCUGCUGUAGUUGUGAAACAAUGUAUAAGCUUGACUUACUGUUGCCAAACAUGCAUCUUCAUCUUCAUUUGAAAGAAUCUAUUCAGGAUUUUGGACCAAUCUGCAGUUUUUGGUUGUUUAGUUUUGAGUGUUUCAAUGGUGUCUUGAAAGGAUUUCAGACAAAUCAAAAGAGCGGCUUCAAGAAAACGUAUAUGAAGAAGUUUGUUGAGGACUCUUCCAAGGGUGAUUUCUAUCACACACAUCUCAGCACUAUUAAUAACCCCUCUUACAUUUCUGUUUUCAACAAACUUACCGACAGUAUAACUGGCACAAUUCCAUCUGGCAAUCAUCAAAACUUGUUAUCAUUCUUUCAUCUUUCAUCAUUCCUGGAAUCCACCACCAAUCCAGAACAACAAACGUUUGGUAACGAGCCUCUUCCACCUUCCGCCUUGCCACUGGCUUUAAAAGAAGCAACAACAAUGAGAAAAGCAGAAUACGGCUGUCUUUUAAAGUUGUACAAGAUUGAGUAUGAUGAUGACACUCUGUGUAGUGCAAAAACUAUGCUAAGGCACAGAAUAUUUGUCAAUGACAGAAUUCAAAAGAUUGCAUCUAUCAAUCUUCUUAGACAAGUCUAUAAAGGUGGCGAAGGCUUGAUCAUGAGAGGGUCCUAUAUACAGGCCAAGUAUAUGGGGACCAACAAUAAUAGUAAAGGGAUAUACGCUGGUUAUAUCAAGUAA